AAGCGCCAGCCCAGAGCCUGGGAAGUGGCUGCAGAGGCUGCUCGGCCCCGCUGCCCGCCAGGUCGUGGGCUCCCGCUCCGGGCCCGGGGCCACCGGCUGUGCUGGAGUGCAAUGUUGUGAUCUUGGCUCACUGCCUCCUCCACCUCCUGAGUUCAAGCAAUUCUCCUGCCUCAGCCUCCGGAGUAGCUGGGACUACAGGGACUUGAAAAUGAGCGUCCCUGACUACAUGCAGUGUGCUGAGGACCACCAGACGCUGCUCGUGGUGGUCCAGCCUGUGGGCAUCGUCUCCGAGGAGAACUUCUUCAGGAUCUAUAAGAGGAUUUGCUCUGUGAGUCAGAUCAGCGUGCGGGACUCCCAGCGAGUCCUCUACAUCCGCUACAGGCACCACUACCCACCCGAGAACAAUGAGUGGGGCGACUUCCAGACCCACCGCAAAGUCGUGGGCCUCAUCACCAUCACAGACUGCUUCUCGGCCAAGGACUGGCCACAGACCUUCGAGAAGUUCCACGUGCAGAAGGAGAUCUACGGCUCCACGCUGUAUGAUUCCCGGCUCUUUGUCUUCGGGCUGCAGGGGGAGAUCGUGGAGCAGCCGCGCACUGACGUGGCCUUCUACCCCAACUACGAGGACUGCCAGACGGUGGAGAAGAGAAUCGAGGACUUCAUCGAGUCACUGUUCAUCGUGCUGGAGUCCAAGCGUCUGGACAGAGCCACAGACAAGUCUGGGGAUAAGAUCCCCCUUCUCUGUGUCCCAUUUGAGAAAAAGGACUUUGUAGGACUGGACACAGACAGCAGACAUUACAAGAAGCGGUGCCAAGGCCGCAUGCGGAAGCACGUGGGGGACCUGUGCCUGCAGGCAGGGAUGCUGCAGGACUCCCUGGUGCAUUACCACAUGUCGGUGGAGCUGCUGCGUUCUGUGAAUGACUUUCUGUGGCUUGGAGCUGCCCUGGAAGGAUUGUGUUCAGCUUCUGUCAUCUAUCACUAUCCUGGUGGAACUGGUGGGAAGAGUGGAGCUCGGAGGUUCCAGGGCAGCACACUUCCUGCUGAAGCAGCCAACAGACACCGGCCAGGCGCACAGGAAGUUCUCAUUGAUCCAGGUGCCCUCACCACCAAUGGCAUCAAUCCUGACACCAGUACUGAGAUCGGACGUGCUAAGAACUGCCUUAGCCCUGAAGACAUAAUUGACAAGUAUAAAGAGGCAAUUUCCUAUUACAGCAAGUAUAAGAAUGCGGGAGUGAUUGAGUUGGAAGCGUGCAUCAAGGCUGUACGUGUCCUUGCAAUUCAGAAACGGAGCAUGGAAGCAUCAGAAUUUCUUCAGAAUGCAGUUUACAUUAACCUUCGACAGCUUUCUGAGGAAGAGAAAAUUCAGCGCUACAGCAUCCUCUCCGAGCUCUAUGAGCUGAUCGGCUUCCAUCGCAAGUCUGCGUUCUUCAAGCGCGUGGCCGCCAUGCAGUGCGUGGCCCCGAGCAUCGCGGAGCCUGGGUGGAGGGCCUGCUACAAACUCCUCCUGGAAACGCUCCCCGGCUACAGUCUGUCGCUGGAUCCCAAAGAUUUCAGCAGAGGCACGCACAGAGGCUGGGCUGCGGUCCAGAUGCGUCUGCUCCAUGAAUUGGUCUACGCCUCCCGAAGGAUGGGGAACCCUGCCCUCUCUGUCAGACACCUGUCCUUCCUUCUACAGACCAUGCUGGACUUCUUGUCAGAUCAGGAAAAGAAAGAUGUGACCCAAAGCCUAGAGAACUAUACGUCCAAGUGUCCUGGGACCAUGGAGCCCAUUGCCCUCCCUGGCGGCCUCACCCUGCCACCGGUGCCCUUCACCAAGCUUCCCAUCGUCAGGCAUGUGAAACUGUUGAACCUUCCUGCUAGCCUCCGGCCACACAAAAUGAAAAGCUUGCUGGGUCAGAACGUGUCAACCAAAAGUCCCUUCAUCUAUUCACCAAUUAUCGCACACAACCGUGGAGAAGAGCGGAACAAAAAAAUAGAUUUCCAGUGGGUUCAAGGAGAUGUGUGUGAAGUUCAGCUGAUGGUAUAUAACCCAAUGCCGUUUGAACUUCGAGUUGAAAACAUGGGGCUGCUCACCAGCGGAGUGGAGUUCGAGUCUCUCCCUGCGGCGCUUUCUCUUCCGGCUGAAUCUGGUCUGUACCCAGUGACACUCGUCGGGGUCCCGCAGACGACUGGAACGAUUACUGUGAACGGUUACCAUACUACAGUCUUCGGUGUGUUCAGUGACUGUUUGCUGGAUAACCUGCCAGGAAUAAAAACCAGUGGCUCCACAGUCGAAGUCAUUCCCGCGUUGCCAAGACUGCAGAUCAGCACCUCUCUGCCCAGAUCUGCACAUUCAUUGCAACCUUCUUCUGGUGAUGAAAUAUCUACUAAUGUAUCUGUUCAGCUUUACAAUGGAGAAAGUCAGCAACUAAUCAUUAAAUUGGAAAAUAUUGGAAUGGAACCAUUGGAGAAACUAGAGGUCACCUCGAAAGUUCUCACCACUAAAGAAAAAUUGUAUGGCGACUUCUUGAGCUGGAAGCUAGAGGAAACCCUUGCCCAGUUCCCUUUGCAGCCUGGGAAGGUGGCCACGUUCACAAUCAUCAUCAAAGUGAAGCUGGAUUUCUCCUGCCAGGAGAAUCUGCUGCAGGAUCUCAGUGAUGAUGGAAUCAGUGUGAGUGGCUUUCCCCUGUCCAGUCCUUUUCGGCAGGUCGUUCGGCCCCGAGUGGAGGGCAAACCUGUGAACCCACCCGAGAGCAACAAAGCAGGCGACUACAGCCACGUGAAGACCCUGGAAGCUAUCCUGAAUUUCAAAUACUCUGGAGGCCCGGGCCACACUGAAGGAUAUUACAGGAAUCUCUCCCUGGGGCUGCAUGUAGAAGUCGAGCCGUCUGUAUUUUUCACCCGAGUCAGCACUCUCCCAGCAACCAGUACCCGGCAGUGUCACCUGCUCCUAGAUGUCUUCAACUCCACCGAGCAUGAGCUGACCGUCAGCACCAGAAGCAGCGAGGCGCUCAUCCUGCACGCCGGCGAGUGCCAGCGAAUGGCUAUUCAAGUGGACAAGUUCAACUUUGAGAGUUUCCCGGAGUCCCCUGGGGAGAAGGGGCAAUUUGCAAACCCCAAGCAGCUGGAGGAAGAGCGGCGGGAAGCCCGAGGCCUGGAGAUCCACAGCAAGCUGGGCAUCUGCUGGAGAAUCCCCUCCCUGAAGCGCAGCGGCGAGGCGAGUGUGGAAGGACUCCUGAACCAGCUCGUCCUGGAGCACCUGCAGCUGGCGCCUCUGCAGUGGGAUGUGCUGGUGGACGGACAGCCAUGUGACCGCGAGGCUGCGGCGGCCUGCCAGGUGGGCGACCCUGUGCGCCUGGAGGUGCGGCUGACCAACCGGAGCCCGCGCAGCGUAGGGCCCUUCGCCCUCACCGUGGUCCCCUUCCAGGACCACCAGAAUGGCGUGCACAACUACGACCUGCACGACACCAUCUCCUUCGUGGGCUCCAGCACCUUCUACCUCGACGCAGUGCAGCCGUCCGGCCAGUCGGCCUGCCUCGGGGCCCUCCUCUUCCUCUACACGGGAGACUUCUUCCUCCACAUCCGGUUCCACGAGGACAGCACCAGCAAGGAGCUGCCACCCUCUUGGUUCUGCCUGCCCAGCGUGCACGUGCGCGCCCUGGAGGCGCAGGCCUGAGCCCGCCCACUUCCGUCCCUCUUUCUGCAGGGCCAGAGGUGACCCUGCCUGGCCUCUUACACCCCCUGCGAUGAGCAAGGCCUUCACUGCAGCCCCGUCUCCUCCUCCUCCCCCAACCCCCUCCCAGCCCUCUCCUCCUGUUCCUCCUGUAGCAUCUUUGCUGGGCUACGCAGAAGCCCCGGACAUGGCAGCCCCACCCCAUGCCACGCCCCUUCCCACACUGUUCCCUGGACCAUACCCAGGCUGGAGCAGAGGAAACCCCAGAGCGGGCCCAUCCAGCCCAGGUCCCUGGAUCCCUGCACCCGUUUCUGUGACCUGGGGCCCCAGCCGUGCUGUGCUGUUCAUCCCAGCAGAGGGACCUCCCUCGUCCAGCCACUUCCCUUUGGCCAUAGAAAGAAAUGGUGAGCAUGAGACUGGGCACAGCCUGAGGGCAUGGGCAGCUUCCCUCCCUCCCUGGGCUUUGGAAUCCCCCGAGGCUGGUUUUCUUCCUGGAGACCCCCAUGGGCAACUUGGCAGGAGAGAUGGUGCCGUAGGUGGUCGUGGAUGGUUGACACCAAGAGAGGCCCUCCACCCAUGGUGGGCAAAUGUCCAGGCCUGGGCUGGCAGCCCAGGGCUGUUUCUGGGUGCUCCCUGGCCCCAGGGUGGCGUCUGGUUACCGUGGCUAUGUGUGUCCUUGUCUGCGAGCAGUUCUUCAAUAAAUGGCCUGCCUCCCCC